AUGUCUAGAAUCGACAAGCUCUCGAUUUCGGGUGUCCGAUCUUUCAGCCCUUCUGUUCGAGAGGCUAUCCAGUUCAAUACCCCACUAACUCUCAUUGUUGGUUACAACGGCUCUGGUAAGACGACGAUUAUCGAAUGUCUGAAGUAUGCCACAACUGGAGAGCUGCCGCCCAACAGCAAGGGCGGCGCUUUCAUUCAUGACCCCAAGCUUUGCGGCGAGAAAGAGGUUAUGGCCCAAGUAAAACUACAAUUUCGAUCGAUCAACGACCGUCAGCAUGUCGCGACCCGAAGUCUGCAGCUUACUGUCAAGAAGACCACUCGAUCCCAGAAAACCUUAGACUGCUCCCUUGUUGUUGUCAACAAUGGAGAACGAACAACUACAUCGACUCGGCAGGCUCAAUUGGACGAGAUGAUACCCGAACGUCUUGGCGUUUCGCCCGCAAUUCUUGAUGCUGUGAUCUUUUGUCAUCAAGAUGAAUCCCUCUGGCCACUGAGUGAACCGGCCGCCUUGAAGAAACGUUUCGACGAAAUCUUCGAGGCUAUGAAAUACACAAAGGCCAUCGAUAAUCUUAAAGUACUUCGAAAGAAGCAAGUCGAGCAAUUGGGGAAGCUGCAGAAUGACGAAGCUCACAAUAAGGUGAAUAAAGAUCGAGGUGAUCGUGCUGAAAAGAGAAUGAAAGGCUUGCAAGCUGAAAUUGAGGGUGCCCGUGAGACUUGCGAGUCUAUCAGUGCUGAAAUGGAAGAAACUCAAGAAAAGAUUCGAAACACUCGAGAAACGGCAAACAGCCAUCUGGCGAUUGUGCAAAACCUCAACACAAAGCGCGAACAACUUGAGUAUAGAGAGGAGGCCGUCAAAGAGUUGCAGACUACCAUUGAAGAGCUUCCUGAUGACGACGACAAAUUGGAGAGCGAUCUUGCACACUACGAAGACCGUAUGCAACAUCUACAGGAUGAAGCCGACCAGAAUAAGGCCCAGUACAAUGAUUUGCAGACCGAAUUGGGACGGUCGCGAAAAGAAUUGUCUAGCAAGCUUUCGGAGCAAGGCAAGCAUCAGUCGGACAAAGACAAAUAUGAGCGCCAGUUGAAGAUCAGAAUGGAAAUGAUCCAAGAAACCGCUCAGUCUUAUGGCUUUUCGGGCUUUGAUGGAGACCUGACGGAUAGCCACGUCAAAUCAUUUAAUGAUCGCCUUCAGAAACUCCUUGGUGAGAAGAAGCGGGAUUUGGAGCGCUUGCAGAAGGAAAACUCUUCCGAACUAGACCGGGCUACCAGUGUCAUUACCGAGCUGGAGGGCCGCAAGGCUGCUCGCACACAAGAUCGCGUGUCAGCCAAACAACGAAUGAAUGCCAUCGAAAAGCGCACUGCAGUACUUCAGAACGAGUCCAGUCAGAUUGACGUCGAUGAGGGUGCCAAAGCUGUACUCGACGGUCAGAUGCAAGACCUUGAGAGUAGAUUCCAAGCAGCGCAGAAGACAUUUGACAACGCGGAUUGGGAUCGACUGAUUACGGAUGAAAACGAAAAGCUCCAUUCACUGGAGAACGAGAAUGAUAAACUUGGCCGGGAGCUUGUCGAGUGCACUCGUCUUGCAUCAGAAAGAGCACAACUUGACUACAGGAAGAAAGAACUCGGCGAUCGUAAGCGUAAGCUUGAUACUCUGACAAGUACUUGGAAGCCGAAACUGGACAAGGUUCUUGGUAGCGACUGGCAGCCAGAAACAUUGGAUUCUAAAUUUCAGACGUUGGUUAAGGAUCAACAUAAAGUUGUCGCUGAAGCCCAGAAGCGCCGCGAGCAAACGCGCCAAAAGCAACAGAAAGUAGAGUUCCGAUUGCGAACGGCCAAAGAGUCCCAUGACAAGAAAUCGAAGGAAGCGGCUGCUUGCCAAAAGCAAGUAGUAAAUGCGCUUCUCACGGUUCGCGACAACGCCAUUGUCGAGGAUUACAAGGAAGAGAUCGAGGCCGCUGAAUCACAGGUCGAAGAAUUACGCAACGAUCUUAGCCUCUUCGAUGCACUUGUCGACUACUACACCAAAUGUAAGCGUCUGCUGGAUACAAAGAAAAAAUGUUUACUUUGUGAUCGUCACUUUGAUGACGAUCAAGCUGCAAGCAUGGAACGGUUGAGCAAGAGGAUAGACAAGCAUCUUGACCCCAAGGGCAAGGUUGACACAGAAAAGGAUCUCAAGGAGAGCGUUUCAACUCUGGAGAAGCUUCGAUCGGUACGCGGUUCUUAUGACACAUACGAACGAUUGACGGCCGAACUGCCUGCACUUCGCGAAGAGUGUAAGACGGCAGAGACAGAGUUUGAGGCUUUGGAGAGACAAGUUGAAGAGCAUGCGUCUAUCGUUUCAACCGAAGAGGAGAAACAAAAAGACCUGGAGGACAUGUCCAAGACUGUUUCCAACAUCUCACAGACAGUCAAGGACAUUGCCGAGUCUGAAAACCAGGUUGACCGCAUCAUGUCUCAACAAAUAUCGGGCGGGGCAACCCGAAGUCCCGACGAGAUCCAUGAGCUCCAGGCCAGCUUAAAUGAACAGAUGAGAACUCUCAAGGCCCGCAUCUCCAAGUUGACUGCGGAUCGGCAACGUUUGAAGGAUCAGCUCAACUCUCUAGAACUAGAAAAGAGCGAGUUGAGAAAUAAGAUCAGUCGUGCAGCUGGCCAAUUGGACAAGAAGCAAGACCUCCAAAACCAGGUUCAGGCCCUGAAGGAAGAAGUCUCGCAUCAACGAGAGGUCAUUCAACGUGCUGACGAGGAGUUGGAGACUAUCGAGCCUAGCAUUUCUGAGGCAAGAUCCGCUCGUGAUGAAGUUCUACGACGUGGCCGGGCCAAGGAACAAGUUAUUGUUGAUGCCCGUGACAAUGUCGCUAACUCGGUCAAUGAAAUGAAGAUGAUGGGUGCCGAUAUCCAAGAUUACAUCGACCGCGGUGGUCCCUCUAACCUUGCGUCCAACCAAAGGGCUAUUGCCACACUCGAGAAAACAAUCGCGAGUACCGAAAAGGAGGUUUCAGAUCUCACUGUCCGCACAAACAAGCUGAAACAGGACAUUGACAAUGGAGACCGCAAGAAGAAGAACAUCAAGGACAAUCUCAACUAUCGCAAGAACCUUCGUACCAUCGAUGUUAUUCGUCAAGACAUCGCGGAACUGGAGGAUCGCAACGCCGACGAAGACUACGAGCGACUUCAAGCUGAAGCUCGCUCGCAAGAGAACCAUUACAACCGUCUCUUAGCGGAGCGGGGUUCUGUCAUGGGAACUAUGAAAACCAAGGAUGAGGAGCUUGGAAGACUCCUUCAGGAGUGGGAAAUGGACUAUAAGGACGCCAAGAGAAAGUAUCGAGAAUCCCAUAUCCGUGUGGAGACGACCAAGGCUGCUAUCGAAGAUCUAGCACAGUGUAGCUCGGCCGUUGACAAGGCCGUGAUGCAGUUUCACACGAUGAAGAUGGCCGAAGUGAAUCGUAUCGCAGGUGAACUAUGGCAGAGUACCUACCAAGGAACCGAUAUUGAUACGAUUCUUAUUCGUUCGGACAAUGAGUCAAGCACAGGCAAACGCAACUACAACUACCGACUCUGCAUGGUGAAGCAGGACACCGAGAUGGACAUGCGCGGUCGAUGUUCGGCUGGACAAAAGGUGCUCGCAUCCAUCAUCAUUCGUUUGGCGCUGGCCGAAUCGUUUGGUGUUAACUGUGGUCUCAUUGCGCUGGACGAGCCUACGACCAACCUGGAUCGCGACAACAUCAAGAGUCUGGCAGAGAGUUUACACAUGAUCAUUAAAGCCCGCCAGGCCCAGAGCAACUUCCAGCUCAUUGUCAUUACUCACGACGAGGACUUUUUGCGACACAUGAGGUGCAGCGAUUUCUGUGACAGUUUCUUCCGAGUCAAGCGUGACGAGCGACAGAACAGUGUUAUUUCGCGGGAAAGUAUAACAAAGAUAUUUUAG